CCGCUGUCAGCCGGGCGGGCGCCCGCGGCCCCUCCGGAGAGCUCGGCAGCGCGGCGCCCGGCGCCACCCGGUACAUGGAUUACCUGAAAUUCGUAGUCCAUCCUCAGCCUCUCUGGGUGACUGCAGAAGACAUAGAAUUGUGACAUCACAUCAGAUUGGAAGUUGAGCAAGUUGAGGACUAUGUCUGAAUGUAUCCAGCUCUCAUUUGCUGUUUGUAGAAUUGGCAUUUACACGUGUUUUAGAGCACUUUGCUGCAAGGGACCGCCACCACCACGACCUGAGUAUGACUUGGUUUGCAUAGGCCUCUCUGGUUCUGGGAAGACAAGUCUUCUGUCUCAGCUCUGCAGUGAAAGCCCGGAGAACAUUGUGUCUACCACAGGUUUUAGUAUAAAAGCCGUGCCAUUCCAGAAUGCAAUUUUGAACGUGAAAGAACUUGGAGGAGCUGACAAUAUCAGGAAAUACUGGAGUCGUUACUACCAAGGAUCCCAAGGGGUAAUAUUUGUACUAGACAGCGCCUCCUCUGAAGAUGAUCUAGAAACUGCUAGGAAUGAGCUGCAUUCUGCUCUUCAGCACCCACAGUUAUGUACUUUGCCGUUUUUAAUACUGGCCAAUCACCAAGACAAGCCAGCAGCUCGCUCAGUACAAGAGAUAAAAAAAUAUUUUGAACUUGAGCCACUUGCACGUGGAAAGCGCUGGAUUCUUAAACCCUGCUCCUUGGAUGAUAUGGAGGCAGUAAAAGACAGCUUCUCCCUUCUAAUAAACUUGCUAGAAGAGAGAGACUUCGAACCUUCAAGAAUGUGAAAGGCAAGAGAAAGAAGAGGUUCCCACGCAUCCCUGUACCUGCUCACUCUGUCACAGCUUAAUUACAGUGUAGUAUCAAGGCUGAGCUGUGAUAUGUUGUUCAUACAGAGUUAAUGCAGAAUGUCCUUUGGUUAAAAUAAAUGUUCUGUGAAUCAGGAACACAGCUAUUUCCAGUAAAGUUGUCUGCACUACUGAAGUAAAAAGUUACUCUUUGUUUACCACUAUUUCUGCACACUGCAUGUUGCUUUCUUGCACCACGAUCAUCCUUGGUAGAAAAAUUUACACGCACAAAAAUAACUUAGACCAUAAAGGAGGAAUUCCACGUCUUACCUUGAAUUUUAAAAACAAGUAACGUCUAAAGAAUUUAUGAGUCUAAUUUAGCUUGUUUAUUGACCUCACAUUAUGGAAAAGCACAGCCCUGAGAACCUUAAUAGGAUACCUAAAAUGCAAGCAGUUUCAUGUUGAUUCAAAGGUUAUUCCUGAGGUUUUACUAAGUGAAAACACAGUUGAGGUAGUGGACUCCACAAGGUAGUUGAGUCUCUUCUAAAGUCACUGCAAAACCCUGCCAGAGGCAGUAUGGUAUUUUGCUGGAAGUUUGCUGAAAAGUAAAUUAACAAACAGAUGUGCACAGAUAACAGUACUUGGGGAAAUCAGCUGACAUAAACAGGUGAUCUAAGUAAAAAGAUUUUUGGAAGUAUGUGAAAGAUUUUAGAAAUAUACAGAAGUUGAAUAAAGUAAUAAUUUUCAUUGAAAGUAGUUUUCCAUAAGCAAAGCAGAGCAAAUAUCUGUUAGUUCGUCUGUGGAGUCUUUAUUGCUUGUUGAAAGUAUAAGUGAUUUUAAAUACUUCCUUUAUCACUCAUUCGUAGACUACUACUGUUAUUGUAACAUUGCCAAGGCAUCUAUCCAGUCAUUAAGGGUCUUCCAGUGUUUGUACUAUAAACUUCUCUUUUCAAUGGGGAUUAUAUCUUGUUCUUUCAAACUUCCUCUGGCCUAAAUGUUACUUAGAAGAUGAAAAAGUAGUAAUUGGAAACAACAUUUGUAAUACAUUUAGAAAAAGUUGAUUUGGGUCACGUAACACAGUCCACGUUUCCUCUUUCCGUGUUUUCCCCACUAAAACCAGUAUUUUGGCUACCUUUUGUUGAUUUCUAAAAAACUCAUAAACUGAUUUUGUCCACUGAAGAAACGUGCCAGGCCACUGGUUCACAGUGACAACAGGGUAUGUGCAGAUCAGUCACUGGACUGGUGCACGCCUUGAAUGCUGUGCCUUGCACAUUCAGCUGCCCUUGUGCAUGAGUGUCUGCAAACACAAACUCGAGUGAGGUGUCAUUAGUUCCUCAUCAGCUCUGCUUCUGUCUUGAAACACACAAUGCCUUGAUUUCGGGGCUUUAAGCAACAUUUCUUUCCACUCUGAGCAUUUAUCUUCUGUUAGAAGUUUAUUGUAGUUUCUUGCUAGUUUAUUUGGGGAUAAGAAAAUAGUAAACAUCGGCUUUUAAAGGCUCAUAAAAGCCAUUUCUCUAUUAAUUGUAAUUUUGCUCUUUGAUAAACAAAAUUUUUCUCAUAGGUAUUUUAGUUUACUUUUCAAUUUCUAUUAAUUUCUUGCGUUGCUCCCACUGUUGUAGCUGCUUUCUAUCAUCAAAAAGAAGCUGGGAAAACUGGUAAACUCCUUGUUUAAUUUUGAGAUGGAAUAGGCAGGAAGCCUGAAGGGCAUGUCCUUGCUUUGUUUUAUGUUCUCUUUCCUGUCAGGUCAAUCGUCUCACUGCUAAUACUCCUGGAGACAACCAAGAACUGGAAUUGUUCAUUUUAAAGCACAGAGGAGCCCUGCUUUGAUUCAGUUCUCUCUGCACACUUUAGUCUGGACCCAGCUGCCCAUCAGUUUCUGUUGUGAGUGCUAAGGAGGUUCUCUUCCCUGGAUUUAAAGAGGAGCUGGAUCUAAUUUACAUUUCCAAAUUCCCUCAUUGCUGACAUGAGCUUAAAGGCUAUAGAGUCCCCAGAUUUCCACAAGGCCCCCAUAUUUCUGUUCUAUUUAAGGACAGUGAAAAAUAAGCAGGGAGGAGAAGUAGGAGCAUUAUUUCCAGAGAAAGCAGACAGUCUGGGAAGGAAAAAUGAGGGAUUCCAAGCUUUUACUGCUUUUUCAUUGGCCAUUAAAAAAUGUGAAAUCACAUCUUUUUACUAUUUGCCCCUGCUUUUGUUUAGUUAUGGACCAAAAGGUACAGGAAAUUAAAAUAAGCCCAACUCUAUUGCACUCUUGAAACUGUACUUAUUUCACUCAUCAGUGAGUUUGUCUGGUCCAAAAACUUAAGCAGCUCCAACUUUUGGUCGUGAUCUCCUGGCUAUGCACUAUUUGAAGGUGCUACAUAA